AUGCCGACGAAGGCCAAAGGAGAAACGCUGAAGGAAUUCGUCGUCGUCGGACGUAAGUUACCAUCCGCGAAGGAACAGAAUCCGCCGAUUUAUAAAAUGCAAAUCUUUGCGUCAAACCAUGUAAUUGCCAAGUCUCGAUUUUGGUAUUUUACCAGUAUGCUGCGACGAGUUAAGAAAGCGAAUGGAGAGAUUCUUGAGUGUAAAGAAGUUUUCGAAAAGAAACCUGGCUACAUAAAAAAUUAUGGCAUUUGGCUUCGAUAUGAUUCGCGUACCAAUCAUCAUAAUAUGUAUCGUGAGUACCGAGACAAUACCAUUGCUGGAGCCGUAACACAGUGUUAUCGGGAUAUGGGUGCUCGUCAUCGGGCGCAGGCCGAUCGAAUUCAGAUUAUCAAAGUACAAGUGAUUAAAGCAUCUGACUGUAAGCGAGCGGCCAUUAAGCAAUUUCACAAUUCGAAGAUUAGUUUCCCAUUGCCGCAUCGCAUUGUAAAGAGAAGAAAUGCUGCUGUCUUCACUACUCGUCGUCCGAGAACACAUUUCUCAUAA